UCGUUACGGUGAGCGCCUAAGACGUCCGAACCUUAUCAACCUGUAUCUUAGAACACGAGGUGAAGUUAUAUUGGCACUUUAUAUCUAUAAUAACGAUUCGGAUGUUAAUAUGUCUAAUAUCUAUGUUCCCUCCAGAAAUAAUCAUCCCCAAGGCCAAAGCACGAAGGUUCCAAGACCAUUAUCUCAUAAACCUAGAGUACGGCUCCGUUUUUUCAUCGAGCGGUCCAUGACUUGAACGCCUUACCCGAACAAGUGGUAUCAGCCUCAUCAGAGAAUAUUUUCAAGUAGCUGGACUUUCACUGUUAAACAAGCUGCAAGGAUUAACACACGUACACAGACUGUCCUUAUUAAUGAAGAAUGAUUGAAGACAAAGAUAUUGGAUACUGAAACACUGCCUAACGAGGCCAACUGUUAAAUGUUGUUGUUACAUAAACAUGAAUGUGUUGAUUUUUCCUACCUUGGCAUGCAAGACAUCUAAAUUCUGUGUCCAUAUUCGGCUCUUCUCUCAAGCAGCUGACAAAGCAUUACUAUACAAACUGCGCAAAUUGACAGGCUUCACUUUUUCGGCUUGCAAAGAAGCUCUCAUCAAACAUGAAAAUGAUCUUGAUAGGGCAAAAGAAUGGUUAGCUAGCGAAGCUGUUAGUCGAGGAUGGGAAAAAGCAGGAAAACUAGCCGGAAGAGCGAUGAAUGAGGGUCUUCUAGGGGUCCUAGGUUCUCGAAGUCAUGCUAUUAUUGUCGAAGUCAAUUGUGAAACUGAUUUCGUCGCAAGAAACCAUUCAUUCCAGUCUUUAGUUGCCACAGCAGCUGAAACUGUUUUGACUAACUACAAUGUAAGUCCGAUUACACUAGUUAGUAAACAUUGGUCUGUAUCCUGUCCGUACGUCUUUUUUUCCACACUUUCAUUUGGCGAUAAAAAUAUGCAGAUAGGACGACUUAAAAGUAUAUUUUCUGCAACUAGUGUAAAAAUGGUGAAAACUCAGUAAGGUCCUGCUAUCGAUGCUUCGUUUUUAAUCUCGGGAUUUUGUAAUAAUACUAUUUUGAAUUAAGAUACAAAAUAGUCCAAAUACUUGUCUCCUGAUCUUUGGUUUUGUUUAUUAAAUUUAUUUCUAUCAAUAUUGUUUGGACACCAGGAUAAAACAUCGCACCACACAACUCAUUGAAAUUGUGGGCUGGGAUACUACUCGGAUGCUCAAGCUAAAGUAAGUGGUUUUAGGGAGCCAGUGCCCGAACCUUUAACUCAGAGGUCUAAUCCAUAACGAAGUGGAUCAACGUUAGAUGUUGUCCAGUUGUAGCUGUUGACCAAGAAUAGGUUCAUACGCCAUUCGUUCCCUCAGAAUCACUGAGCCCAUAUGCUCCAUUGAUUUGGGAUCACGGUUUUCGAACUCUCCUAGGUGGGUUCUUCGUACUCACCAACUCAGUUUAAGCGUCGGGUGUUCGCUUUUCGUUACUUCAACUUCGUAAACAACACAUCCGCGACAAGGUGGUGAGGAGGAUUUCCCUUGCAGUGGUUAUGUACUCGUGGCCGUGUGAGAUCAUUUCGAGAGAGAGCAGACUAUCCGUACUCUCGGCCGUACCAGAGCGUGUGGGAGAUGGUAUAUUAAGACUUUUAGCCAUUACGUUGUAUUGUGAAUUAUCACAUUAAUUGUAUAAACGUCCCCGUAUGAGAAAUAAGUACGUGUCAGAAUUUGUAUUUUACUUUGGUACAACGCGUUGCUAAUAAAAUGCAGCUAAGCAGCGGGGGAAACUAACGCAAAAGUCGAUGUGUAGCUUUCAUGAUAACCUAAAAGUUGUAACCAUCCUGCUUUUUAGUGUUACAACCCGGUUUCUCAGUUCCCAGCCAAUAGUUACUCAGCUUAUGAUGUCUAUCGUAUAUGAUACUCCUGAAACUCGACUAAGUUGGUGUGAAGCUACUUAACAUCUCAAAAUUGCUUUAUUAGCUUUCAAGAUAUCCUACUUUGUAAGUGAAAUAUGGCUUAUAUUAUGCACAUCGGCCAGUCAUUCCAGUUAAAAUCCUUUAAAACCGUUCUUUUGGCUGCUGUUCGAUUAGACAAACUCUAAUAACUACACUUUACCCCCAUGAAAUCCUCAGAUUUUAAGAUCGUAUAAUUCCUGAUAAUUGCUAUGUAGGAUGAUUUUAAAUUUCCUUAAUAAAUAAACCUACAACUCAUAUAAAGUCUCCCAAAAAUUCCUCUGUUAUUGAUUAGUCAGCCUCCAAUUUCAUUUACGUAUCUUGGUUCGUAGAUUAUGAGUUUCAUUAUUACGGUCACUACGAGGUUAUUCAUCAAAAUAUCUUCAGUUGUUUAGUGUUGCUGUACUAGUAUUUGGUCAAAGAUGCCUUAGAAAUAUUGCUCGCAUCUGCUGGGAUCACUGGGUAAGUAACAGUGAGGUUAGACACAGGGUAUUAGGGAAUAAUGGUAAAUCAAUUGAUAAGGUUGUGAAUUUACAUCGACUGAGAUGGUUAGGCUACCACUGACUACCACGGCGCGCAAUACUGACUGGUGUUGGAGACGGUUGGAAGAAAUUUAGGGGCGGCCAAACCAAAACGUGGCACCAGCCCUUGAAGUAACUAACUUCUGAUCUGAGCCUUGUUGGUAGAUACAGACUACUUGGUUGAGGUCCACGCGACGAUCAUAACCAAUGGCUGGAGACUGGGUGACAUGGCUAAGAAUCAAUCACAACGGCGUAGGUGUAUACACUCUUUGUCUUCCACCAAACCAUGAGAUUAAAAUUACUUUAUGUCUUUCUUUCUACGAACAAAUUCUUUCGCUCUGUAUUGUAUCCUUAUAUGCAAUCUUUCUCUCAUAUAUUAUUGCCAUUGAAGUAACUACCUUUAUGAAUUUGGUGAUUAUGUUGUUGUGCUAAUGAGGUGUGGCAAUUUGGACUGAUGUAUAUAUGUGCCUUAUCCUAUGUUAUAGCUGACUAACUGACCGAUAGCUGUUGGGUUCAGCUUACUUGAUUAUGACUUAAGCAAAGCGUACGGCUUGGUGAGUGCAAUAAAAUCUGGCGAUUUUUCCCACUGAAUGCUGUUUAAAAUUACCUAGUGAUACAUAUAUUUGAGUCGACAUACUUUGAAAAAGCGUUCUGAAUUUCGCUCUGUCGUAGUGAAUUUAACUAAUCAUGGACAAGUUCACUUAAUCGUUCAUUUGCAUGUCCGAACUGAUAUACAUAUAGAUAAUUGUCUCCAAGUAUAUUGUAACUUGCCGUUUGAAGUUAACUCGAUAUCUCUUUACUUAAUCUAUUGUAAGCAUCCACUUUUUUUAGUUGUUUCAGAAGCAUAUACUACAAACGAAUAUCAUCAAAUACUUUGGUGAAUUAGGUUUCCUGUUGAAUUGAUAAUGCAGUCUGAAAAAUUGACUGUAUCCAGUUGAAAACUGAGCCUUCAAUUAUUUGAUUUGGUAUGUACGUAUGUGAACUCACAAAACCCGGUCAAUGUUUUGGAUGGUUCGAAAUUAAACGAUGAAAAGCCAAAAGCUUUAGUCUAGGAUAUUUAAAUACACGAUAAUAUAUAAAUCUUGAAUUCUCAACUUGUUCAUGUUCUUUGACUUUCCUCGUUACAAAUGCCCUUCAAACAAAUAAUACUUUUAUAUUCCUCAAACUAUCUAUAAUAUAAUAAAGAAUGAUAAUUCUGUCUUUAAUAUGCCAGAUCACCACAAUAAAUAAUAAUACCCAGGUACAUAGAUUGAAGUAAAUGUACACUCAGCAUUUGUUCAUAUCUGCUUUACUGCCUUGUUUUUGCUUUUAUUUAAGGGGCCUACUAAAUUAUCGUUGGAUUCCGACCAGUUGGAUAAGUUGGUAACCUCCAACUCCUCUACCUUGAAAGAUAUUACGGUUGCAGCCAUGGGAUCUAUUGGUGAAAGUAUUCGACUAAAAAGAGCUGUCGGACUUUGUGUCCCUGAUAACACUAGCACAAGUUGUCUGGCUAUUUAUUCACACACGAGCUCAGAGAGUAUAUUACAAGGGAUACGAGAUGUCCGCUUUGGAAAGUAUGCUGCUAUCAUUCGCUAUAGACCAUUGAAUGACAAACCUGCCAAUGAUCCAUGGUAUGAACGAGCUUCACGUUUGGGGAGACAAGUUUGUCAGCAUAUUGUUGGCAUGAAUCCAAAUCCUGGAUUAGAAUCUGUUGAAAAUCCAGCUGCCGAUCCGGAAGAAGAGAAAUCUCUUCUGCUACAACCCUUCCUAUUAGAUGAAACUAUAUGUGUGGGCAAACAUUUAUCACGGAAUGAAAUGGUCCUUGAAGACUUUGUUCGUGUUGAAUGCGGAGAGGAUGAUCGAGUUGAUAAUUCAAAGAAUGUGUAGAAAACGGGAGUGCGAUUACUACAUAAUCAUCUUGAACAUGUAUAUUCAGGAUAAUUGUAAUUAUAAUCCACACUUAUCAAAUAAACUGUAACUUGUUUAUAUUACUUUCUGUACAGAAUUAGUUAGUAUUGUUAAUAGUGUGAACAAUCAUCUAUCAAAUGGAUUUCUUCAAGGCAUUUAGCGACGAUAGUCUGAGAUAUUUCCUCAGGUUCUUUUCAAAACUUUUCUUUCCUAAAUUUUAUAUUAUUAUGUUUUCGAACAAGAUCAGACUGCUGUUCAAAUACGUUGAUGUUGUCAUAUUUUUAAUUAAUUUACUUUUGGGGUACAUAGUUAUUUAGAAAUUGCUCGUUUGAAUAUAUAUGGUAUUCAUCUUAUGUGGAAUGCAAAUCUUUGUAUUAUAUUCUUAUUAGGAUUUCAGUUAUCGUUUCCGAUGAGCUUUAGCGCUUACUGAAGAAUAUUCAAAUGUGAAUAUAAAAUCUUAAAAUCUAUCGAGUUCAUAAGGCUUUUUGUAAAAUUUCAAAUUCUUAAUAUUAACCACUUAAAAUAUGAUUAUCCACUGGUUCGUCAGUCAGUACGAAUAUGCUUAAAUCGAGUUUUAGUGCGACUGAUUUACCAUGUACAGGCUUAUUUAUUCAUAUUCUAGCCACUCUACGUAAUGGCUAUUGGUACUGUAGUGAGCUCCGCUCAUAAGGACGUUUGUAAGUAGUGUGUAGCGGAACGUGGUGUCGGAGUUGCAACAGUUGUCGGACAGAGUGGUGAGUUUCAGUAUAUUGAAAGCACGGUGUUGGCCAGUCGAGAAGACAAUUCAAAUUGUAGAACACAUCGGAAGAUGCAAAUGGACGAUUGAAGGCUAUGUAUAUCUACUAUGUAAACUUUGUAACUUCUUGCUAUAAACAUACAU